AUGGUUCAUGUACCACCUUCGAUUGUGAACUUAUUCCCUGGUAAUACUAUACAUAAAAAUGUUAAAGACGAGUAUCAAUCCCAAGUCGAACAAUCCCAUACUCGGAUCCAAUUCAGAAUUUUAUCAGAUCCUACAGGAAAUCGACGGUCUCGGAUUCCGUCGAAUCCGAAACAUGGAUUUUUUGCACAACGUAUUCAUGACAAACGUACAAAUUCAGUCGUUGAUUAUGUAUCAAACAUAAAUAGCGAACAUGAUAGCGAUCAUCAAACAAUAGUUUCUACGUCAACUUCUUCAAUUCAUUCUAAUCAGCUGAUCGACUGUUCAUUGCAAGCUAUGAGUGUAACAACUUCUCCAUUUCAAAGUAAUCAGCUCACAGCUGAAAUAGUUCAGCCUUCUCUUGCAACAGCGUCUGUAUUUCAAAAUAAUUUAUCAACAUUUGAACCAUUUAUUUCGACAUCCUCAACGUUUCGUGUUAAUGAUUAUGAUUGUGCCCAACCAUAUACAGCCCAACAGAUUAUUUCAACAGUUCCUUCUCAAGAGUUUCCUCUUGUUAGUGGAUAUGGAAAUCAACAAAAUAAUCCGAUUAGCCAGUGUGAUUCGAAUUAUAAUCAGUAUGGGACUCAGGAAAGCAAUGGGCCAACCCAGCAGUAUUCCGGCGAUCGGAUCCUUUCAUCAGAUUUAAAAGGUUUUAUCCGGAACCAGCAAGAUCCCGCCAUAACCGAUAGUCGAAUACGGUUACCGGUUCCUUCGGUAGGAUUCCGAGUACUUUCUCGUGGUUUCCAGCGCGGAAACUAUGAAUAUCCUGCGGCUCAUGUAUUUCCAAAUCAUCAAAGUCAAGAAAAUUCUUAUUCAGCUACUUCAACUUUGAAUGAUCAAUACAACAAGUUGAUGUCACCAACGGACAAGAUGAUAAUUGAAUUAUUGUUGGCAUACAAAAGUGGAUUAGCUACUACUGAAGAAAGUUUCGCCAAAAUUAAGUCAUUAGUUGGUAAAGAUAAUGCAACUUCUCAAUAG